GCUAAGGUAUGUACAAACAUUAUGUGUGAAAGUGCUUUUAUGUGAAGUAUGAAUCCUCUGUAUGAUUGUUAUGUACAUUUUCAUAUGAUCAUGUUGCAUAGCCUAUGGAAUCCUUAGUUGAACUAGGAUCCUUAGGAGAAAAAUAUAGAAAAUCUUACACGAAUACUUUAUGUCAUUAAGAUAUCAUGGCACCGAGAAGAGACCCUGAUAACACGCCCACCAAUGCUGAGUUGGCACAAAGCGUUCAACAACUGGCACAAUUCAUGCACACACUGGGUGCUACUGUGCUCCAGAACAAUCAAAACCAGAACAACGGGAAUGAUGCCGCAAAACGAGUGGCAUCUCGCAACCCUCCAAGCUUUCAUGGGCAAGAAGAUCCUCGUAUCCUCGAAAAUUGGCUCCGACUCUUUGACAAACUCUUCGACGCGGUGAGCUGUCCGGAAGAGCAAAGGGUUGACAUUGCUGUUUACUAUUUACAGCAAGAAGCGGAUAACUGGUGGGUCUCAUCAGGCCCAACUUUACGUCAACAACCUGACUUCAAUUGGGAAGCUUUCAAGAUUGCCAUGAGGAAACGUUUUUAUCCUGCACACGUUCAGGCCACCAUGCGUGAUGAAUUCAUACAUUUGAAACAGAUGGGCAUGAGUGUCCAGGAAUAUCACAAUAAAUUCGUGGACCUCGCGCCAUUUGCGAAAACAAUAGUGCCUGAUGAAAGCACCAAAGUUGAGAAAUUUAUCUACGGAUUAAACUAUGAUACACAGAAAAUCGUCGCUGUUUUGGGUUGCCAAACUCUGACUGAAGCUUAUGAUAGAGCUGCAGUUCACUAUCGAGUUCAGCAACUACAAAGAGAGAGGAACCAGAAGAUGAAGAGGGACGAAGAUGGAGGUCGAGGAGAAAAGAGGGUCAGAGUGCACCCACCUACACAGCAACAAGAAGGGAGGAGGAGGAGAGAUGACCAAGGUGGAAGAAAUUUCCACGGUCAAAACCAACAAAAUGAUCGAAGAGUUGCUCCCAGAGAUAGACACUUCUACUGCAAGAGGUGCGGGAGAGAUCAUCCCGGUGUUAACUGCGAUGGAAGCCUGACAAAAUGUUUCAAUUGUGGGAAGCUAGGGCACAGAACCUUCGAGUGUCUCUCAAAGACCAAUGGGGCACCAGUGAACCAGGUGCAAUACCGUGAUGGAGGAAGACCAGAUAUGAAUCAAGCUGGGCCAAAUGGAGGACAAAAUAACAACAACAAUGCCGCCGCCGCCAACAACAACCGCAACCCUCGAGAAGGAGGGGAGAAUAAUCGUGGCAAUGGCAAUGGCGGGAACAAUGGCAAUGGCGGAAACAACGGCAACCGUCCGAACCAAGGGCGAAUCAUGGUGAUGAAUCAGGCCCAAGCCAAUGCUAAUGAUGUGGUUUCAGAUGAUUAUGAUUAUGAAGAUUGAUGUACUUGGUGCCCGAGUGUUCCGCUAGUUGCACACGUUUGAUUAAUUAUUGUUGUUUAAAAUUGUAAUCCAUAAACUUGUUUUAAGUUUUAUCCGAUGGCUACUUGACUUUAUGGUGGAUAGCCUGUGCACUCAAUCAUGUAUAGGUUGAGUGUGGCGGUGACACACCUGUUUUUCCAUUAAAGACUUCCGCUGUACUCUAAAUAUGUUUUAUAAUAAAGAUGUUUUCAUUUCAAAAUGUUAUUUUAUUUUGGUGGGAAAAAUGGGGGUGUUACAAGUUGGUAUCAGAGCCUUAGGUUUUCCAAAGGGAUUAGAACACGAGGUAAUAGGUUGUAUGGAGAAAUUCUGUCACCAAGACGAUAAGAGUCUAAGGCUGUUGGUUCUUAAUUGAGCCUUUGCGCUCGUCCAACUACCUGGGAAUUUCUCCUUGUGCUGAAACUUCGUCGUUCGAAAUCGUUGAAGGAAACCUUUGAAAUUGUACCUUCAAAAGGGAGAUUUUCAAAUAUUUUUAAAAUUAGGAAAGAUAAUAUAGCUAGGAAAUGGCCUUUUAGGAACGUGGUGAGGACCUUGUGAGUAUUUAUUUUCCUUACAUGUAUCAUGUAUGUGAUAAUUAUGCUAAUUGUGGGCCCAUUUGAGAAAUGGGAACCCCAAAUGAUAAAAUGGGAAUGCCUCAUAGGGCAAAAUUCCGAAGUGGCUAAGGUAUGUACAAACAUUAUGUGUGAAAGUGCUUUUAUGUGAAGUAUGAAUCCUCUGUAUGAUUGUUAUGUACAUUUUCAUAUGAUCAUGUUGCAUAGCCUAUGGAAUCCUUAGUUGAACUAGGAUCCUUAGGAGAAAAAUAUAGAAAAUCUUACACGAAUACUUUAUGUCAUUAAGAUAUCAUGGCACCGAGAAGAGACCCUGAUAACACGCCCACCAAUGCUGAGUUGGCACAAAGCGUUCAACAACUGGCACAAUUCAUGCACACACUGGGUGCUACUGUGCUCCAGAACAAUCAAAACCAGAACAACGGGAAUGAUGCCGCAAAACGAGUGGCAUCUCGCAACCCUCCAAGCUUUCAUGGGCAAGAAGAUCCUCGUAUCCUCGAAAAUUGGCUCCGACUCUUUGACAAACUCUUCGACGCGGUGAGCUGUCCGGAAGAGCAAAGGGUUGACAUUGCUGUUUACUAUUUACAGCAAGAAGCGGAUAACUGGUGGGUCUCAUCAGGCCCAACUUUACGUCAACAACCUGACUUCAAUUGGGAAGCUUUCAAGAUUGCCAUGAGGAAACGUUUUUAUCCUGCACACGUUCAGGCCACCAUGCGUGAUGAAUUCAUACAUUUGAAACAGAUGGGCAUGAGUGUCCAGGAAUAUCACAAUAAAUUCGUGGACCUCGCGCCAUUUGCGAAAACAAUAGUGCCUGAUGAAAGCACCAAAGUUGAGAAAUUUAUCUACGGAUUAAACUAUGAUACACAGAAAAUCGUCGCUGUUUUGGGUUGCCAAACUCUGACUGAAGCUUAUGAUAGAGCUGCAGUUCACUAUCGAGUUCAGCAACUACAAAGAGAGAGGAACCAGAAGAUGAAGAGGGACGAAGAUGGAGGUCGAGGAGAAAAGAGGGUCAGAGUGCACCCACCUACACAGCAACAAGAAGGGAGGAGGAGGAGAGAUGACCAAGGUGGAAGAAAUUUCCACGGUCAAAACCAACAAAAUGAUCGAAGAGUUGCUCCCAGAGAUAGACACUUCUACUGCAAGAGGUGCGGGAGAGAUCAUCCCGGUGUUAACUGCGAUGGAAGCCUGACAAAAUGUUUCAAUUGUGGGAAGCUAGGGCACAGAACCUUCGAGUGUCUCUCAAAGACCAAUGGGGCACCAGUGAACCAGGUGCAAUACCGUGAUGGAGGAAGACCAGAUAUGAAUCAAGCUGGGCCAAAUGGAGGACAAAAUAACAACAACAAUGCCGCCGCCGCCAACAACAACCGCAACCCUCGAGAAGGAGGGGAGAAUAAUCGUGGCAAUGGCAAUGGCGGGAACAAUGGCAAUGGCGGAAACAACGGCAACCGUCCGAACCAAGGGCGAAUCAUGGUGAUGAAUCAGGCCCAAGCCAAUGCUAAUGAUGUGGUUUCAGAUGAUUAUGAUUAUGAAGAUUGAUGUACUUGGUGCCCGAGUGUUCCGCUAGUUGCACACGUUUGAUUAAUUAUUGUUGUUUAAAAUUGUAAUCCAUAAACUUGUUUUAAGUUUUAUCCGAUGGCUACUUGACUUUAUGGUGGAUAGCCUGUGCACUCAAUCAUGUAUAGGUUGAGUGUGGCGGUGACACACCUGUUUUUCCAUUAAAGACUUCCGCUGUACUCUAAAUAUGUUUUAUAAUAAAGAUGUUUUCAUUUCAAAAUGUUAUUUUAUUUUGGUGGGAAAAAUGGGGGUGUUACAUUCUCUGACCGGUGGAAUGCCUACCCGGUGAAGACGAUUCCGCCGCCUAUGACGGACGAGGAGCUCGGGUAUGCCAAGCGCAUAGCUGGACUCGGCAUCCAGAACCUCCGGUUGCUGGUGGCCGAGCCUUUUAAAGCUCGGGCUGGGUUAGGAGUUUUCCCAUCUACGUCCACCAUGGGCCGCACCAACAAUGCCUCGACUGCCGCCGGCCGUGAGCCCAAAGACCAUGGCAAGCUGGAGAAGCCGCUCGUCCCCAAGGUCGAAACCCGGAUGACCAGAGCACGGGCUAAUGACACUUCUGGGGCCGGUGCUUCCAAGAGGCCUCGUGUCGAGGGUACUGCAUCCAAGGCCAUCAUAGUGGCCGAUGACUCUGAUGGUGAGCCCGGGAGUCCCAUCAAGCGGAAACCCACCUCCCGGAACAAGCCCCAUAUUUCUCCCCCGCGGAAUUCUGACGUUCGUCGCCUCCGUGAUGAGGAUGUCCAGACUGCCAAGGGUUCUGACGACGCUCGUCCUACUUCGCUCCCAGAAACCAGUGGGUCCUCCCUUGGCCUGAUUGAGUUUUCCGGGGUUGGUCCCCGCAAGGAGUCGAUGAUGCUUUUUGGCCAGACAGCGUCCUCCAUCUGGUGUGGCCUGAAUCUCAAGGUUCCCCAGGACUUCGCCGCUCAGGAGGCCCCUGAAGAACUCUUGGAGUGCGGCCAGAGCACUCUGGAUAAGGCCGGGCUCUACUUCCACAGGGCUCGGAUGGCUUUCGAGCAUCAGGGUAGGGAGAUGGCCAGAGUACGGGUUGAAUGUGAUGCCCUUCUAAGGAAUGCCAAAGGCAGGGCUGGAACUCUCCAAGAGAAGGCCGAUGCCUAUGACAAGCUCGUCCAGGAGAAUGCUUCCCAGAAGGAGCUCCUCAAGAAACAGGAGGCUGAGCUUGUGGACCCCCGCAGCCGGAUGUGGGCCGUAGAGCAGGCCAAGGUGGAACUCCGCCGUACGGGCGUGGACAAUCAUGUCCCCAUUUAUGAGGCCGAUGUUGCCAAGAUCAAGGAGUCUGGCUCUAUUGAGUUUCAGAAGUCCAAAGCUUAUACUGGCGCCAUCCAUACCAUGGCCAUGAGGUUCCUCCCGAGGCUCGUCGGUGAGUUUUUGGCCACCUGCCCUGACCCCUAUCUGGAUGGGGUUAAGCUGCUCCAAGCCACCCCCACCGGACGGCGUUUCCUUGAUGAUCUCGCCGACGAUACCUACCGCAAGGGCAUGGUUGGGCUAGUAGCAGAGAAUCUCCCGACGCUCGAGCGUCACUUCGGGGCACCCUUCGAUCCGGAGGCCGCCGGUUUUGACUUUCUGAUGGCGGACGCUCAUGCAGGGGCCCUUGAGCUGCUGAAGGAGCGUAGGGAGCAGGAGGAAGCCGAAGCUAGAGACAAGGCCAAACAGACUCUUUUCAAGGCUCCCACUCCGGACGUCGAUCAGCAUUGAUUCUCCGUUCAUUGUUUUGUACUUGUACCAAUUUUUUCAUUAUUUACAUUGUACCUUACACAUUGUAACUUUCCGGUCAUCAGUGCCGAAGAAUAAAAAUUAUUGUUUGCUCCA